AGGAAAUUCUGUGUGUGGGUCUCAGCAGGAGUAAAGCUGGUGCAGCUUAAAAUAAUGCUGAAAAAGAAGCACUCAUCUACAGGGAGGGUGCCCCUGAUCCUCUUCCUGUGCCAGAUGAUUAACGCCCUGGAUGUACCUCUUGAUCCAAAGCUUCUUGAUGACUUGGUGCAGCCUCCAACCAUCACUCAACAAUCACCAAAAAACUACAUUAUUGAUCCUCGGGAGAAUAUUGUAAUCCAGUGUGAGGCCAAAGGGAAACCUCCUCCAAGCUUUUCCUGGACUCGUAAUGGAACUCAUUUUGACAUAGACAAAGACCCUCUGGUCACCAUGAAGCAUGGCUCAGGAACACUCAUCAUCAACAUCAUGGCUGAAGGAAAAGCAGAGACAUACGAGGGAGUGUACCAAUGCACAGCAAGGAACGAGCGCGGAGCUGCUGUCUCUAACAGCAUUGUUGUCCGCCCGUCUAGGUCGCCCUUGUGGACCAAAGAAAGACUUGAACCAAUAAUACUUCAAAAUGGUCAGUCAUUGGUGCUUCCCUGUAGACCUCCAAUUGGAUUACCACCAGCCAUAAUAUUUUGGAUGGAUAAUUCUUUUCAAAGACUUCCACAGAGCGAGCGGGUUUCCCAAGGCCUGAAUGGAGACCUUUAUUUCUCCAAUGUCCUCCCAGAGGACACCCGUGAAGACUAUAUCUGCUAUGCCAGAUUUAAUCAUACUCAAACCAUACAACAAAAGCAACCUAUUUCUUUGAAGGUGAUUUCAGUGGAUGAAUUGAAUGACACUAUAGCUGCUAAUUUGAGUGACACUGAGUUUUAUGGUGCUAAAUCUAGUAAAGAGAGGCCACCAACAUUUCUAACUCCAGAGGGCAAUGAAAGCGUCAAAGAGGAAUUAAGAGGAAACACACUUUCACUGGAGUGCAUUGCAGAAGGCCUACCUACUCCAAUCAUUUAUUGGAUCAAAGAAGACGGAACGCUUCCUGUCAACCGGACAUUUUACCGGAACUUUAAGAAAACCUUGCAGAUCACUCAUGUUUCUGAAGCAGACUCUGGAAAUUAUCAGUGCAUAGCAAAAAAUACACUAGGAGCCAUCCAUCAUACCAUUUCUGUCACAGUUAAAGCGGCUCCAUACUGGAUUGUGGCACCUCAAAACCUCGUGCUCUCCCCAGGAGAGAAUGGGACCCUUGUCUGCAGAGCAAAUGGCAACCCCAAACCCAGAAUUGGCUGGUUAACAAAUGGUGUCCCAAUAGAAAUUGCUCCUGAUGACCCCAGCAGAAAAAUAGAUGGCGAUACCAUUAUUUUUUCAAAUGUUCAAGAAAGAUCAAGUGCGGUUUAUCAGUGCAAUGCCUCUAAUGAAUAUGGAUAUUUACUAGCAAAUGCAUUUGUAAAUGUGCUCGCUGAACCGCCUCGGAUUCUCACAUCUCCAAACACGUUGUACCAGAUCAUUGCAAACAGGCCUGCUUUGCUAGAUUGUGCCUUCUUUGGGUCUCCUCUGCCUACGAUUGAGUGGUUUAAAGGAACGAAGGGAAGCGCUCUUCACGAAGACAUUUAUGUUUUACAUGAUAAUGGAACACUAGAAAUUCCUGUGGCCCAAAAGGAUAGUACAGGGACCUAUACAUGUGUCGCAAGGAACAAAUUAGGGAUGGCAAAGAAUGAAGUUCACUUGGAAAUAAAAGAUCCAACAAGAAUCAUUAAACAACCCGAAUAUGCGGUCGUGCAGAGGGGGAGCAAAGUAUCCUUCGAAUGCAAAGUGAAACAUGACCAUACCUUAAUCCCCACCAUCAUGUGGCUAAAGGACAAUGGAGAGCUGCCCAAUGAUGAAAGGUUCUCUAUUGACAAGGAUCACCUGGUGGUAACUGAUGUAAGCGAUGGUGAUGGUGGGAUCUACACAUGUGCAGCCAACACCACACUGGACAGUGUUUCUGCCAGUGCUGUGCUCAGGGUUGUUGCUCCUACUCCAACUCCAGCCCCCAUUUACGAUGUCCCGAAUCCUCCCUUUGAUUUAGAAUUGACCAAUCAACUUGACAAAAGUGUUCAGCUGACAUGGACCCCAGGCGAUGACAACAAUAGCCCCAUUACAAGAUUCAUCAUUGAAUAUGAAGAUGCAAUGCAUGAGGCAGGAUUAUGGCACCACCAGGCUGAAGUUUCUGGAACUCAGACUACAGCCCAACUGAAGCUGUCUCCAUAUGUGAACUACUCCUUCCGAGUCAUGGCGGAGAACAGCAUUGGGAGGAGUGUGCCCAGCGAGGCCUCUGAGCAGUAUCUUACAGAAGCCGCAGAACCAGAUCAGAAUCCCACAGCUGUGGAAGGACUAGGAACAGAGCCUGACAACUUGGUGAUUACAUGGAAGCCCUUGAAUGGUUUUGAAUCGAAUGGGCCUGGCCUUCAGUACAAAGUGAGCUGGCGCCAGAAAGAUGGUGAUGAUGAAUGGACGUCUGUGGUUGUGGCCAAUGUAUCCAAAUACAUUGUCUCUGGCACACCAACCUUUGUCCCAUACCUGAUAAAAGUUCAAGCCCUGAAUGAUGUGGGGUUUGCUCCAGAGCCAGCUGCAGUCAUGGGGCAUUCUGGAGAAGACCUUCCAAUGGUGGCUCCUGGAAAUGUGCGUGUCACUGUGGUGAACAGUACCUUGGCAGAGGUACAUUGGGACCCAGUACCUCUGAAGAGCGUCCGAGGACACUUACAAGGCUACCGGAUUUAUUACUGGAAGGCACCGAGCUCAUCUAAAAGAAAUAGACGCCACACUGAGAAGAAGAUCCUCACCUUCCAGGGCAGCAAGACUCACGGCAUGCUUCCAGGGCUGCACCCAUACAGCCACUAUGCACUCAAUGUCCGAGCGAUCAAUGGGAAAGGGGAAGGCCCAGCCAGUACUGACAAAAGCUUCCAUACUCCAGAGGGAGUCCCUAGUGCUCCCUCAUCUUUGAAAAUUGUCAAUCCUACACUGGACUCUCUCACUUUGGAAUGGGACCCACCAAGCCAGCCAAAUGGCAUCCUGACUGAGUAUGUCUUAAAAUAUCAGCCAAUUAACAGCACACAUGAACUAGGCCCUCUGGUAGAUUUAAAAAUUCCUGCCAACAAGACACGCUGGACUUUAAAAAAUUUAAAUUUCAGCACUCGGUAUAAGUUUUAUUUCUAUGCACAAACAUCUGUGGGAUCAGGCAGUCAGAUUACAGAGGAAGCAGUUACAACUGUGGAUGAAGCUGGUAUUCUUCCGCCUGAUGUAGGUGCAGGCAAAGUCCGAGCAGUAAAUCCCAGGAUCAAUCUCACUGCUGCAGCUGCUGAGACAUAUGCCAAUAUCAGUUGGAAAUAUGAGGGACCAGAGCAUGUGAAGUUUUAUGUUGAAUAUGGUGUAGCAGGCACAAUGGCAAGCCGGCAAGUGGAUAUUGCAACCCAGGGCUGGUUCAUAGGUCUAAUGUGUGCUGUUGCCCUCCUCAUCUUAAUUUUGCUCAUCGUUUGUUUCAUCAGAAGAAACAAGGGUGGAAAAUAUCCAGUUAAAGAAAAGGAGGAUGCUCACGCAGACCCCGAAAUCCAGCCCAUGAAGGAAGAUGAUGGAACAUUUGGAGAAUACAGUGAUGCAGAAGAUCACAAGCCUUUGAAAAAAGGAAGUCGAACACCUUCAGACAGGACUGUGAAAAAAGAAGAUAGUGAUGACAGCCUUGUUGACUAUGGAGAAGGGGUGAAUGGUCAAUUCAAUGAGGAUGGCUCCUUUAUUGGACAAUACAGUGGUAAGAAAGAGAAAGAACCAGCAGAAGGAAAUGAAAGCUCAGAGGCUCCUUCUCCUGUCAAUGCCAUGAACUCCUUUGUUUAAGUCUUUAAGCUCUGUGCCAAUGUCCCAUUUCUCUGGAAUGUGUUUCCUGAGUAUUUGUCAUUCCUCUCAUACUAUGAACAUAUUGGUAGAAAGAAUGUUUUCUGCUGUAUGUGAGUAUUAUGAGAACAGAUCAAGAACAUAACUCAAUCAAAUGAUACAUUAAUAUGAACUGGGGUGCAAAGUGCACACUUUUUGUUCAAAGUGGGUUUUCUCAAUUUUCUGAUUAAAAGAAAAACUGAUUAAAAGAAAAAUACAUCAUCAAUAGAUCACAUUAUUCCCUGUGUGGGAUACAGUUCAAUAAGAUGCAUGAAACAUGCUACACAGAGGACACCCCUGUGUAUGUGAUUGUGACGUGGGUGGGUACUUUGUUGACACUAUCUUCAGCUGAACCCUAAAUAUGAAUUCCGUUGUCAUUGUGGAGAGUGUUACUGUAGUGUUCUCUAGAGCUUCAGUGUCUCUGUGGACAUUGUUGUGGAACUCGUGACUAUGUCUAGCUGUUGUUAGUCUUUUGGGGAGACUGUUUAGGAACAGUAGGUACAGUAUAUACUUGCUACAUGAGUUAGUCAUGACAGCCACCUCUGCUAAUGCUCACUGAGACUCUGGUACCUGUUCUUUGCUCCUGUUACUUUCUAGGCUUCUUGACUUCCGGUGACACAGCAGCAGGUUUCUGCUUCUUACACUGUCUCUGUGGUCAGUCCUUUGGGGGCAUAAACAUUGCAUAUUGUGACACCUUCUGGCAUUUGUGCCAUACUGGAAAAGUUGAAGACAAAGCUCUCAAGUGAAAUUUCAAAUUUUAGUCCAGAAAAUGCAGGGCAAGACACACGCAGUGCCUUUAGAUAAUAAGUAUUCCCUGACUCCUGCACUCUGUAUUGGGUGGUGUGGGCAGCUCCAUCGUGUGCUACUGUUGUUGUUGGAGACAACUCUUCAAAGACAGAGAUAAUGAUCACCAAAAUGCUGAAAAUUGUGAAAAUAAGAGCAUGUUUAUCUCAAGGGGCUUUCCCUUAUAAGCAUCAAGCACAAACCUUUGUCAUUGGCUGGAGUCAAUGUCAUUGGGUAAUUUUGUGGUCUUUUGUGGUUUCUAGUCAAACAAGUCAUACUGAAAAAGAAAAAUGCUAUGGUUGGAACUGGAUAGAAAAAGAAAUGAUUGCAGAAGUAAAAGCAUACAACAGCAUGCCAAUAACACUAAAUUAUUCACUAUGUGUAUCCAAAUUACAACUCAUCUGAGAAGUCUGACAAGCGCUUACUUAGGCCAGCAGUUAAAGGGAUUACACCUACAGUCUAAGGAAUAAAUACAUAUAUCCUAUCAUAGCUGUAGACAAUGUGUAUGAAAUGGCUUACGUUCUGUUUAAAAAUCUAUGACAACCUAUGGUUGAAGGAAUGCUCAAUUUCAUUUGCCAAUAAAUUGGUUUUUCAUAACUUGCAUCAAGUUUAAUUUUAAGUAAAGCUUUUUAUAUGUAGAUAUUCUGUUGAAUUUGUAAAUAUACUUAAAGUGUAGAAGCUAUAUGCUUAUAGGUGUUACGUGCAAAUAAAUAUGCAAGCAAUGUUUAUGUUCUGCUGUGAGAAGUAAGCUCAUUAACUAAUGCAGUGUGUGGGAGCAGAAAACAUCCAAAUUCCUUCUGUGAUUUUUUUCACCCUUCUUUUUGCUGUGAAACUGAAAUAGUAAACCUUUUUACCCAUUGUUUCAGCCUGUUUCUGGCUGGAAUCCUUAGUGUUUUGCAGGAUUUGUCACCUGGCAUCUUUGAUGUGUACAGUAAAGCUUGUUUUAAAGUGAUCACCAAAUGAGGUGACUCUAAAUACUCUCAUGCCUUCAUAUUUACUCUCCACAAACCAGUCUAUCUAUUGGAAAUAUGAAAUAAUAAGACAGGCUUGCUUUGACAUCAGAAAGCACAAAGACAAAAGUUUUAUUUUUUUCAAUUUGUCAAAGUUUUCAGAGAAAAAUAAAUUAAUGUGCAGUUUCUGCUUGUCCACAAUCAUGGAUGCCAAAUUUCUCUGUGCAUGAAGAAGUCAUUUCUGUAGAUUACUACACAUUUUGCACUAAAAAUUAAAAAUUAAAUGCUCUUAAAGUCCCUCCCUCUUUUGUACUUGAUCGUGUUCUAAGUGAAGCAUGAAUGUCCAGGGGUAAUGAUCUGUGUGGCAGGGCAGGAACACGCCACUUGAUUUCCAUCCAAAAGUUACUAUUAAACAGUCAUGAUCUCUUGAGUUUUAGCUUCUUCAAAUCUGUACUUCCAAAGAUUUUGAAGAAAUUUUUACUUUUUGAUUCAUUUUUAAAAAUCUUGGGACAUCACAAAACUAAACAGAUAUUACUAAGAUAACACAAUCAAGAACUUUUUAAUGAAAGGUUAGGGACUAGCUAAGCAGGAAGGGAUAGCACCAGUCUUUUUAAAACAGAAGAAAUCAAGUUCUGUGGGGUUUUUUUUACAAAAAAAGCUCAAUUGCCCCAUCUGUGAUGACUAGUCCAUUCCACCAUCACGGACCUUCUCCCUCCUCAACCACAGUCAGUUUGUAUUUCUUAACAUGGCUGCUUGAUGAGGGAGUUUGAAUACUUAUACAUGUUACAAAUACAUCAUUCACUUCCUUCUCUUCACUUUCUUUCUUCUGUCCCUAAGCUGUAUAACUACGUAUAACAGCCCAAGGCACGCAAGUAUCCACAUCCUGUCAGCUGCCCCUGGUCCCAGCACUAUACCCACGAGACCUACCUGCCUUGCCUUCUCAGAUUUAGCUAACAUGUUAUAAAAGUGUCAGCAGAGCUCAGUAUUCCUCCCAUAGAUGGUGUGUUGGCUGCUUGCUGGGACCCUCUUUUCUCCCUCCUCACAAUGGGCCAGAGUAAUAAACCUCAGCCUCACUCUACGUAAUGGCAUGGCUCUGUGACAACAUAAUCGUGACCUCAAAAAGAUUUGUUAUCUAUAAACUGUCUUGUUUAGUUGGGUUUAAUGGCUUUUGAGGUGAGGGGAGUCUAGGAACUCGGAUUCUCACCCACAGAAUGAUUCUCUCCCACUUGAGACAUUUCUGCAGUUGACCAACAGAGGGCACAUGUGUUUUAUUCUGCACAGAAAAAAACAUGCCUUCUCUCUUUGCAUAAUUAAAUGGUAACCUGGUGAUGUAGAAAAUGAUCACCUUCUCCCCCUAGGGAAAUGGGAUUGCAUCGCUUCCUAGUUAGUUCACAGUUUCUGGAUUGUAAGCGUGAGGUAUGUGAGCAUUUUGCAUAGUUUCUUUCUUGAUUGGGUCUAGGUGGGUCAGCAGCCCACUGGCCAUAUUGGUCAGGGAUAUGUGUUUGUAUGAUGAUAAAGGAAGGGAGUCCUUAAAAUGGCUUCACCUCCUUUCUUUCAGGAUACUAUUUUUGUCUGCCACCAAUCGCUUGAUAUUUUGUUAUUGAACAGAACAUACACAAAAGUAGUUUAAACACCACUCACAGCUCAUAUAAUUUACUUACGAGAAGGGGAAGGAAAAGCAGAGACCAUGACUGCAGUAUUUGUACUGAACAAAUACUCAAUGGGGUGCAAAGAUCAGUGGCCCAGAGAGAAGUAAGGAUCAUAUUCCAGCUCCACCAUCAUCCAGCUGUGUGGCCCUGAAGGAACCCCUCCUCUCACCAUUCCACACCUGUUUGCUCAGUGAGACAAUGAUGGGGCUGAUAGCAUCUAAUAUGCCUUUCUACUUUAAUCCUGUGGGUCCUAACAAUGGAACAAAAUAAUCUGAGCACUUGCUUAAAGCCAGGAAGAAACAUAAACAAAACCAGGUGUGAAUCCUGCUCCCAUGGGGCCUGGAGCCUAGUGUAUGCAGACAGGUAUAAUCAGAUGACUGCCGGGAUGGGCACAAAUCCUUAUUUAAUGUGAGAGGUUGAAAGGGAAAUCAUGAACAAAUGAUAGUUCUAUCCUGCUUGGACAUGGUGGUCAGGAAAGUGGCCCCAAGAAAAGAAAUGUGAGCUGAAAGGUAAAAGGUAAAACAAUAGAAAAGCAAAGGGAUAAAGCUGGCAACGGCAAGGCCCUCUUUGGAAGACCAGUUAACAGGAGCUGGUUGUCACUGCAAAGCAGGAGAGCUGUGUUGAGGUGAAAGAUCAUUGCAAGAAUGAAAGCAGGGUGUUUCUACCUGGGUCUGGAUGCCUCCUCCCUGACAGAUGCCACCCCUCAGUUAUCCCUGCCCCUGAUUUCCUGGCUAUCUACUGACAUUCAAAUAGCUCAAGUGUCUCAGAAACAAACAGAGUUUUGCAUUAGUCUCCAUCCCCUACACCUUCAGUUAUCAGCCGUCCUCCACUUCAUAGUCAAAAUGGUUGAAAUAAUAGCAAUAAAAUUAUAUGAGGAUAAUUUAAAAGCCACCAUUGACCAGACAGUACAUCUUUUGUUCCUUCUGUGGCUAUAAGUGGGUCCUGUAGACAGUGUCUUUUGUCAGCUCUAAGUGUGUGGCUUAUUAUCUCAGUGAAUGACUUAGCAACAAAGAGAGCUUUUUUUUCAUCAGACAUUAUCAGCUUGAUCAUUGAAAUCACCUAUUAAAAGUCCAAUGCCUACUCACCCAGACCCACAAACUCUCUUAUUUUCAUUAUUUGAACUGUGGCUUGACCAUCACUAGAAACAGUCCCAGAUGAUUAAUGUGUAGCCAAAGCGGUAACUGAUGUUGACAAGCUUAUCCUCUAGUCAAGGAACCAUAUUUUAAAUAGAUUCUUCAAGACAGCCCAAGGGUGGAUCUUAAAUUCUCUUAUAUUCCCCACAUAAAAUGAGUCUAGAGAGAACAGGCCCUCAUAUAUUUCUGGUAGAAAUAUAAAAUGGUAUAGCCACAUUGAAAAAUAAUUUAGAAAUUUCUGUAAAUAUUGAAACAUAAAUUUACUAUGAGACCCAUAAGUCUAAACUCAAAAGAAAUGAAAACCUCCAGCUAGCCACAGACUUGCACAUAUGUGUUCAGAAAGCAUCAAUCACAACAGCUAGAAAAUGACCCCAGUGGCCAUGAGCAGAUGAACAGCUUAACAAAAUGAGUAUAUCAUAUGAAUACAUGGUAUAGCUAGCUACACAGUCAGAGGAAAUACUUCUUGGCAAGUUAUAUAAAGGAUUGAUGUAUACAAAAAUGUGAAGGCUCCCCCAAAACAUCAAAUUUUAAAAAUCAGGCACAAAGUCUACUGUUCUAAUUUACUUGAAAUGUCAAAAAAAAAAAAAAAAGGCAAACCAGUGAAAACCUGAGGUAGAUUGAUGUCUGGGGCUGAAGGAAAUGGAGGCAAGGAUUGACUUCAAAUUGGUGUGAAAGUGCUUCCUAAAGUACUAAAAAUUUUUAAGUUUUAUAGUCAAAAGAAGUGAAUUAUGGUAUCAGGUGACAUCUUAGUAAAGCUUAUAUUUGUCUGAAGGGUGAAUAGAGUUAUGUACAAAUGAGGUUUGGGAUGAGUACAGCCCCACACCAUGGACACAUCACCUCCUGUUUCCUCAAGGAUGCUGCAAAGCCAUCAACUCCAGGUGUCCCCUAGAAUAGCACCAUCACUUGUUAGAAUCACAUUGUUGGCCUUAUUUGGAGGAAUAGAAAUGAAUUAGCUUCGACAUUAAAGGAACUCUUCAUAACGGAAAAAAAUUUUUAAAUACUUCAAAUGCCUAUAAUAGAUGAGUGGCUAGACAAAUUUUUAAAAUGUGUGCCACUUUUAGACCAUGAAUCAAUCAACAGUAAGUACGAACUCUUGGUACAAGUAUCUCAUGCCACUGAAAGGAGCCAAACACAGGGGUUUUAUUCAUAUGAAAAACUGGAGCAGGUAGAACUACCCUACAAGGAAAGUAAGCAAAUGUGUGACUUUGAGGACUAGAGUUUGCAGAGGGAUUUAGCUCUGAGCGGCAGAGAGAACAUACAGAGAUGAUGGAAGACAUCCAUAUUGCGAUUGUGAAGAUAGCUAUAGGGGUAUUCAUUCAUCAGGACACAAAACUAUAUGCUUAAAGUCAAUGUGUUUUGUUAUAUAUGUUGUAUAUCAAUAAACUUGAUUUUGAAAUGAAAAUAAACUGGACAC